AACUCCAAAGCAACUUCAGGCUGCGCCGAGGAGACACCACCGCGGGAACACCAAACGCACUCUGUCACAUUCAACCAAAGUCCCAACAAGAAGCGUUAAACUAAGACAUUAAAGAUGCCGAACACAGCGAAGGACCUGGCCGACGACGCUCCGUGGAAGAAGAUCCAGCAAAACACCUUCACCCGCUGGUGUAACGAGCACCUGAAGUGCGUCAACAAGCGGAUCGCAGACCUGCAGCUGGACCUGGGCGACGGCCUGAGGCUCAUCACCCUGCUGGAGGUGCUGAGCCAGAAGAAGAUGUACAAAAAGUACCACCCGAGGCCCAACUUCGGGCAGAUGAAGCUGGAGAACGUGUCGGUGGCUCUGGAGUUCCUGGAGAAGGAGAACAUAAAGCUGGUCUCCAUCGACUCGAAAGCCAUCGUUGAUGGGAACCUGAAGCUGAUCCUGGGUCUGAUCUGGACUCUUAUUCUGCACUACUCCAUCUCCAUGCCAGUCUGGGAGGGUGAAGAUGGAGAUGAGGUCGAGUCAAAGACACCUAAGCAGCGUCUGCUGGGCUGGAUCCAAAACAAAGUCCCUGAUCUGCCAAUCACCAACUUCAGCCAGGACUGGCAGGAUGGCAAGGCACUGGGAGCACUGGUAGACAGCUGUGCACCAGGCCUGUGUCCAGACUGGGAGACCUGGGAUGCAGACAAAAAAGUGGAGAAUGCCACUGAAGCCAUGACGCUGGCUGAUGACUGGCUGGGCAUCCCGCAGGUUAUGGCUCCAGAGGAGAUCAUUAAUCCCAAAGCGGACGAACAGUCGGUGAUGACCUACCUGUCUCAGUUCCCCAAAGCCAAACUGAAGCCAGGAGCUCCACUCAAACCCAAACUCAACCCCAAGAAGGCCCGAGCAUACGGACCAGGUAUUGAACCAACGGGGAACAGGGUGCUGCGUCCUGCUGUGUUCACAGUGGACACGUUCAGUGCAGGUCAGGGUCAGGUGACCGUCUACCUGGAUCAUCCGGACGGCACCAGAGAGGAGUUGAAGGUGGAGCCUAAUGAGGGCAAGAAGACGUACAGUGUCACAUAUGUUCCUCAAGUCAUGGGACCUCACAAGGUGACGGUCUUGUUUGCAGGCCAGCAGAUUCCCAAAAGUCCAUUUGAGGUGAAUGUGGACAAGGCACUGGGCGACGCCUCCAAGGUCACAGUCAAAGGCCCGGGAAUUGAACCUGUGGGCAACGUUGCCAACAAGCCCACCUACUUUGACAUCUUCACUGCAGGAGCUGGUACAGGAGAUGUGACGGCCAUGAUCAAAGACCCUCAGGGCCGCCAGAACACUGUGGAGGUGAUGAUGGAGGAUAAGGGUGACAGCAUGUAUCGCUGCACCUACAAGCCCACCCAGGCCGGCCCGCACACUGUCAGUGUCCUUUUUGGAGGGGCGGUGAUCCCCAAGAGCCCCUUCAAAGUGGACGUGGGGCCUGCUUGCAUGCCGGGGGCGUGCAGAGCGACAGGUCGCGGUCUCCAGCCGUCAGGAAUGAGGGUGAAACAGGUCGGUGACUUCAAGGUGGACACCAAAAACGCUGGCAGUGGAGACCUGAAGGUGGUCAUCAAAGGACCCAAGGGCAUCGAUGAGCUGGUGAAGCAGAUCUCCAGUCAGGAUGGUGUGUUCUCCUACGAGUAUUAUCCCAACAGUCCUGGCAAAUACACCGUGUCCAUCACCUGGGGGGGUCAGCACAUCCCCAAGAGUCCAUUCGAGGUGACGGUGGGUCGGGAGGCGGGGCCUCAGCAGAUCAGGGCCUGGGGUCCCGGCCUGGAGGGAGGUGUUGUGGGUAAACCUGCCACCUUCGUAGUGGAGUCCAUCGGCACUGAUGUUGGAGUGCUGGGUUUUGCCAUCGAGGGACCCUCUCAGGCUAAAAUUGACUGCGAGGACCAGAACGACGGAUCAUGUGAUGUCUGUUACUUGCCAACGGAGCCUGGGGAGUAUGCCGUCCAUGUGACCUGCGAUGAAGAGGACAUUGAACACAGCCCUUUCAUGGCCAUCAUCGUCCCCGACAACAACGCCAGUGACCCAGAAAAGGUUCAGGCUUACGGGCCUGGUCUUGAGAAGACUGGCUGCGUGGUCAGCCAACCUGCAGAAUUCACUGUCAACGCUAAGAAUGCUGGGAGCGGACCUCUGAAAAUCAUGGCUCAGGACGCAGAGGGGCUUCCUGUGGACGUGAAGGUGAGGAGUAAAGGUGAUGGGAUGUACUCCUGCUCCUACACGCCCAACUCCCCUCUCAAACACACCGUGUCUGUCGCCUGGGGAGGAGUCAGCGUCCCCAACAGCCCCUUCAGGGUGAAUGUUGGUAAAGGCAGCCACCCCAGCAAGGUGAAGGUGUUCGGUCCUGGAGUGGAGAGAACUGGACUGAAGGCCAACGAGCCCACGCACUUCACCGUGGACUGUUCAGGAGCUGGAGACGGUGACGUCAGCGUGGGCAUUAAGUGUGAUGCCAACAUGGUCGGUGACAAAGAGGCCGAUGUGGACUUUGACAUUAUCCCCAACGCCAAUGACACAUUCACUGUCAAAUACAUGCCUCCUGCUGCUGGAAGACUCACCGUUAAAGUCCUGUUUACUGACAAGGAAGUUCCACAGAGCCCAUUUCUUGUCAAAGUAGAACCUUCCCACGAUGCAUCAAAGGUCAAAGCAGAGGGUCCAGGACUGGCUUGUACUGGUGUGGAGAGCGGUAAGCCGACUCAUUUCACAGUGUUGACCAAAGGAGCCGGUAAAGCACCGCUGGAUGUCACCUUCUCCUCCCCCGUCAAAGACUUUGACAUCAUCGACAACUACGACUACUCCCAGACUGUCAAAUACACACCUGUACAACAGGGGGAGCAGAAGAUCACAGUGAAGUAUGGAGGAGAUCCCAUCGCCAAGAGCCCCUUCACAGUUGGCAUCGCUGCCCCGCUGGAUCUGAGCAAAGUCAACGUGGACAACCUGGAAGGAAGAGCGGAGGUGAAUCAGGAGCAGCAGUUUAUGGUGAAUACAAAAGGUGCAGGAGGCCAAGGUCACCUGGAGGUGGCAGUGCUGAGCCCCAGCCAGCGGGCGGUGAAGUGCAAAGUGGAGCCUCAGCCCAGUAAAGCAGACGUCAGUACGGUCCGUUUCACCCCCACAGAGGAGGGUGUCCACUCUGUCAGUGUCUCCUACGAUGGACACCCCGUCCCUGGGAGCCCGUUCCCUGUGGACGCACAGCUGCCCCCAGACCCGAGCAAGGUGAAGGCGUUCGGUCCAGGUCUGAAGGGAGGUCUGGUGGGAAACCCUGCAGAGUUCACCAUCGACACAAAGGGCGCCGGCACUGGAGGUCUGGGGCUGACGGUCGAAGGGCCGACUGAGGCCAAGAUUGAGUGUUCGGACAAUGGCGACGGGACCUGCUCCGUCUCCUACCUGCCCACUGAGCCCGGAGACUACCUGGUCAACAUCCUGUUUGAGGAGGUCCACAUCCCGGGCUCGCCGUUCAAAGCCGACAUUCAGCUGCCCUUUGACGCCUCUAAGGUGGUGGCAUCAGGGGCGGGCCUGAAAAGAGCAAAGGUUGGAGAGCCCAGUGUGGUGAAUGUGGACUGUUCCCGGGCUGGACCAGGAACACUCAGCCUGGAGGAUGCACUCGACUCCCCCCCGAUCAGUCCCAGUGGCGCUGCACCAGGCGUUAAAGCUAAGACGGAGGUGGUGGACAACAAAGACGGGACCUACACGGUGACCUACAUCCCUCUGACCUCCGGCAUGUACACUCUGCUGCUGAAGUACGGAGGCAAAGUCGUGCCAGGUUUCCCUGCCAAGGUGACGGUGGAUCCUGCUGUCGACACCUCCAAGGUCAAAGUGUUCGGACCCGGAGUGGAUGGAAAAGCUGUUUACAGAGAAGCCACCACAUCAUUCACGGUGGACGCCAGUCCUUUGACGCGGCGAGGAGGAGACCACAUAAAGGCGGAGGUCAGGAACCCGUCCGGAGCGCUGACAGACUGUGAGAUCACCGACGCAGGCGACGGGACCUACAACGUCGAGUACACUCCUUUUGAGAACGGCGUCCACAACGUCCACGUUCUGUAUGACGACACACCAGUUCCUAAGAGCCCGUUCAAGGUGUCUGUGUCGGAGGGAUGUGACCCCAGCAGGGUGGUGGCUACUGGCCCUGGGCUCCAACAAGCCCUGACUGACAAGCCAAACAACUUCAACAUCAUCACCAGAGGGGCAGGUAUCGGCGGUCUGGGCAUCACGGUGGAGGGUCCAUCAGAGUCAAAGAUGUCUUGCAAAGACAACAAAGAUGGCAGCUGCAGUGUGGAGUAUGUUCCCUUCACCCCUGGCAUGUACGAUGUCAAUAUCACCUACGGAGGAGAGCACAUCCCAGGAAGUCCAUUCAAAGUCCCAGUGAAGGACGUGGUGGACUCCACCAAGGUCAAGGUGACUGGUCCCGGUGUGGGGUCAGGGGUCAGGGCCAACAUCCCACAAUCCUUCACUGUGGACUGCAGGAAGGCCGGUGUGGCCCCGCUGGCUGUGGCCGUCACGGCUCCUAAAGGCAUCGCAGAGCCCGUGGAGGUGACGGACAACGGGGACGGGACUCACCUGGUGUCCUACACUCCAUCUAUGGAGGGACCGUACUCUGUGGCCGUCAAGUACGCAGAAGAGGACGUCCCCCGCAGUCCCUUCAAGUUUCGGGUUCUGCCCACUCAUGAUGCCAGUAAAGUGCGAGCCAGCGGCCCCGGUCUGACCAGUGGCGUCCCUGCCAGCUUCCCUGUUGAGUUCAACAUCGAUGCCAAGGACGCCGGCCAGGGCCAACUGAGCGUGCUCAUCACUGACCAGGAUGGUAAACCUAAGCAGCCCAGUAUCCACGACAACGGUGACGGUACAUACCGGGUGUCUUAUAUCCCCGACCGUACAGGCCGGUACACCAUUGUCAUUAAGUAUGGCGGUGACGACAUCCCUGCCUCGCCUUACAAGGUCCGCGCCACGGCAACUGGAGAUGCCAGCAAAUGCACCGUCACAGGUCCAGGUGUGGGUCCCACUGUGGCUACUGGCGCGGCGCUGGGCCUGGUGGUGAACGCUAAGGGUGCUGGGAAGGGGAAGGUGAGCUGCGUGGUGGUUCAGCCCGACGGCAGCGAGGUGGAGGCCGAAGUAAUGGAGAAUGAGGAUGGCACCUUUGACAUCUUUUACACAGCGCCAGCACCUGGGAACUACGUCAUCUACGUCCGCUUUGGAGGCGAAAACAUCCCACGCAGUCCCUUCAAAGUCAUGGCUACUGAUGAGGUACCCAUGAUGCAAGACAUGCAGCGGAAGGCCGCCCCCGGAGCUGGCUUCCAGCCCUGGGUGACAUCAGAAAACUACAAGCCAAUCAGCAGCAGCGUUAAUGGAAGCGGCUUCAGACCCUUUGACAUGGUGAUACCGUUUUCCUUUAAGAAGGGAGAGGUCACAGGUGAGGUGCACAUGCCUUCAGGUAAAAAAGCUCAGCCGCUGAUCACAGACAACCUGGAUGGGACGGUGACGGUGCAGUACUCACCCACUGAGGCCGGCCUGCACGAGAUGCACAUCAAAUACAACGGCUCACACAUCCCAGAGUCUCCCCUUCAGUUCUACGUGAACCACGCCAGUAGUCCCAAUGUCACAGCUUAUGGUCCUGGUCUGAGCUAUGGCGUCGCUAACAAGACGGCCAUGUUCACCGUCUGCACAGAUGACGCCUCUGAAGGGGGUCUGGACCUGGCCAUCGAGGGUCCGUCCAAAGCAGAGAUCAGCUGUGUGGACAACAAGGACGGGACGUGCAGCGUCAGCUACCUGCCCACUCUGCCUGGAGACUACAACAUCCUGGUCAAAUACAACGAUGACCACAUCGCCGGCAGCCCGUUCACCGCCAGGAUCACUGAGGACAACCAGCGGCGCUCUCAGGUCAAACUGGGCUCAGCAGCAGAUUUCUCUCUGGACAUCAAUGAGACAGACCUGAGCCUGCUGACCGCCAGCAUCAAGGCACCGUCUGGACGCAAUGAGCCCUGCCUGCUGAAGAGGAUGGCCAACAACCACAUUGGUAUCUCCUUCAUUCCGCGGGAGGUUGGUGAACAUCUGGUCAGCAUCCUUAAGAACGGCCGUCACGUCCCCAACAGUCCCAUCCCCAUCAUGGUCGUCCAGUCUGAGAUUGGUGACGCCAGCCAAGUCAAGGUUCACGGUGACGGCCUCGUCCAGGGAACUACUUUCAACAACUCCAGCUUCGUGGUCGACACUCGCGAGGCCGGUUAUGGCGGCCUGGCUCUGGCCAUCGAAGGUCCCAGUAAGGUGGACAUCCAGACGGAGGACAUGGAGGACGGAACAUGUGGAGUCACCUACUGUCCUACUGAACCAGGAAACUACAUUGUCUCGAUCCGCUUUGCAGAGGAACACGUCCCAGGAAGUCCGUUCACGGUGCGGGUGACAGGGGAGGGUCGUAUACGUGAGAGCAUCACACGACGACAGAAGGCGGCAUCUGUUGCCAGCGUGGGGAGUGUCUGUGACCUCAGUGUAAAGAUACCAGCAAUCGACAUGCAGGAAGUCACUGCGGAGGUUAUCUCCCCCUCUGGAGAAAAGCAGCCUGCCGAGCUGGUCGCAGCGGGUAACGACACCUACUGUGUGCGCUUUGUACCCACAGAGAUGGGUGUGCACACUGUGAAUGUGAGGUACAGGGGCCUGCAUGUGCCAGGCAGCCCCUUCAAGUUCACUGUGGGGCCUCUCGGAGAGGGCGGGGCCUCCAAGGUGAGAGCAGGAGGUCCAGGACUAGAGGGAGCGCAGGCAGGAGAGCCAGCUGACUUCAGUAUCUGGACGAGGGAGGCGGGGGCCGGUGGUCUCUCGAUUGCCAUGGAGGGACCCAGCAGGGCGGAGAUCUCCUUCGAGGACCGCAAAGACGGCUCUUGCGGUGUCUCUUAUAUUGCUCAGGAGCCUGGUGAUUAUGAGAUUUCUGUGAAGUUUAACGACCAGCACAUCCCUGACAGUCCCUACCUUGUUCCUGUUGUUGCUCCAGCAAACGAUGCACGCCGCCUCACUGUUGCCGGCCUUCAGGAGUCUGGUCUGAAGGUGAAUCACCCAGCAUCCUUUGCAGUGUGUACAAACGGAGCACAGGGCAAGCUGGAGGCCAAAGUCCACAGCCCCUCUGGAGCUCUGGAGGAGUGUGUCGUCACUGAGCUGGAAAGAGACAAGUACGCUAUCCGGUUCAUCCCCAGGGAGAAUGGUGUACACAACAUCGAUGUCAAGUUUAACGGCUCUCACAUUCCAGGAAGUCCUUUCCAGGUCCGAGUUGGGGAACCAGGACAGACAGGAGAGCCCGGUCUGGUCUCAGCGUAUGGAGCUGGAUUGGAGAGAGGCACAACAGGUAGCCAGUCAGAGUUCAUCAUUAAUAACACUAAGGCGGGCCCCGGCGCCCUGGCUGUGACUAUUGAGGGUCCAUCCAAGGUAAAGAUGGACUGCAAGGAGGUUCCAGAGGGCUACAAGGUGCAGUACACUCCCAUGGCACCUGGAAACUAUAUGAUCAGCAUCAAAUAUGGAGGACCGAACCAUAUUAAUGGUAGUCCAUUCAAGGCCAAAGUCACAGGUCCUCGGCUGGUGAAUGUGACCAACGCCAGUGAGACGUCAACCCUGACUGUGGAUCCAGCAGUAAGAGCAUCCAGCAGCAGUUUUGUCCAAAGCUCCAUGCCCUGGCUGGGUGACUCUGAUGCCAGCAAGGUGCAGAGCCGAGGCCCCGGCCUCAGUAAGGCCUUUGUGGGCCAGAGGAGCAACUUCUCUGUCGACUGCAGCAAAGCUGGUAAGAACAUGCUCCUGGUGGGUGUGCACGGUCCUCAGGUCCCCUGUGAGGAGGUUCUGGUCAAACACUUGGGCAAUCUGCAGUACAAUGUCAGCUAUAUGCUGAGAGAGCGGGGCAACUACAUCCUGGUGGUUAAGUGGGGCGAUGACCACAUCCCGGGCUCCCCCUUCCACGUCACCGUCCCAUGAGACACCAAGAAACCUGCCGUCAUUCCUACUGCACCAUUUUGCAUCCCUGUUAGAGAUGGACACAUAAGUUACACUGUAAAUGAUUGUCCAGUAAAUAAGUUGCAUCUAAAAGUUCUGUGUGUACAUUUUGCUUUCAGAUGUGUUCAGUUCAAAUCACGAGUAAAAAGGAUUUUCAGCCCUGAGAGAACUGAUUCAUUUGUUUUUCAAUUUGCCAAACAGCCCUUAAAAAGGGGGGAAAAAAGUUUCAGAAAAUUAUAACACUAACAAAAAACUGAAAUUUUUAAGGGAAGAGAAAAUCAACACAUCCAUGAAUGGAGACUCUGUACUCUGUUAGUUGGACACACUUUCUGCAGUGAAUCAGGGACGCAAAAUAGUAAAAGAUGCCAUAAUCUGACCUAAAACUGGAGCUGUAAAGAAAACAGGCAGAAUAAUUUGAUUGGGAAAGAGGGAUCUCAGUUGAUUUUUGCUGCCCUGGAAUUGCCAAUUGACAAAUUUUGCACUUGACGAUAGUUUUUAUACUUGACCAGUAAAUUAAUGAUUGCUUGACAUUUAGUUGGUGAGAAUGUCACAACACAACAGCUCGGUGUACCUGCACCUCUGUUUCCAAAACUAAAUUUGGACUGAGGCACCUAUCCAUACUGAGUGUAUAACUUACAGUAGAUGGUGGUCAGCAUGCCCCCAGUUUGAAGAAGCACGCAGGAGUACCACCACGGAAGCUCAGCAAAACAUAUUUUUGCCACCUACAAAAAAACAAAAGUCAGUUUAAGUGUAUGCUAUAUUUACAGUGUUUUCAUUGCUUUACCUUAACAUUAGACAGCCCUUUCAAACGGGGAACUGAAACCGUUAGAUCGCUCUCUUCAAAGCCACCAGACUCCUUUGACCAAAACAGUACUUGCUGCCUUGAUUGGUAGUUUGUUUUUGUUACUGUGUGACUUCUGUAUUUUAAAGGGUUAGUUUGGAUUCACAAAAGUCACACAGUAACACAAAAAAGUGUAACCAAUCACAAGAGUGGUAGACCAACAGCUCCUGUGUUCUGUGAGUUAAAGUAUUUUUCUCAAUGGUGUCUGGUGGCUUUGAAAAGAGGAGAGUUAAAGGUUUUAGUUACUCAUCAGAAAGGGCUGUCGGAAGGAAAGGUAAAGCGGCGACGAUAUUCUCAAUAUAGCAUACACUUGGACAGAUAUUGAAUAUUUUUUUAGGUGGCAUCCAUGGCAAUACAUUGCUAAGCCUCCAUUGUGGCACUCCUGCCUGCAUCUCCAAACUGGGGUCAGACAUCUACAGUAGGUAAUACACUGACUAUGGAUAAGUAUGUCAUAGAACCCCACUUCAGAAAAUCAGAACUAUCGCUUUAACAUCUCAAUUGAAAGAAGAAAACUGGAGCUCUUUGUUUGGUUAAAUUGGCAGUAUGAGGUUUUUUUAAAGUGUGGAUGGGCCGCACUCGCUCCAACAGGAAGUGUCAAACUGUGACUACUGAUGUUUAUUUUUGAUUUCUACGUUCUAGAAUCCCUUGAGUACUAAAUGUUGCCAUAACGAAUCAAUGUCUGUUAAAGCUGCCUUCCCACUACUGUUUCCUGCACUGUACAACAGACUACUUAAUUAUGUGCUAGAGGUUUGGGUUUAUUGCUGUUUCUGUUAUUCCUUCAGCUGUAUUUUUUUUCACACGAACAGAUCUGACUUAACUUUGUGGCUCAGUUCUGAUGUACUUCUCGUCUGCUUGAACAGAGUAGAAAUGACAGUCUUGUAGAUGCUGGAUGACGAGGGUUCAGAUUUGAUGUUGAUAUUAAUCAAAGUCUAUCAUCUUCAGCACCUCUCUACCAGUGUAUGUGUUUGACUGUACUUUGAAAAGUCUUUCACUGAUUAAAACUACAAUAUUGUGAUUAAAAAUCAGAUCUGUCUUUACAUCUUACCUGGAUGUUGUUGCCUAAUCACUGCUUCUUUUGAUACUUAAGGGAGGAGAGGAUUUUUGUAUGGGGGGGAAAAACUUCUCAUUUUGUAUUAGGGAAUGGGUGUUUUCAUGUGAAACUAAACCCUGAGACGAUGUACAUUUGAUAAUUAAACUUAACUGGAAUUAA